GUCGUCACUGUCGUGCGACUGCCUCCGCUUUGUUUGUUCCGCACACGGCAGCAGCGCCGCACACACCCACUUUGCAAGAGAGUUUUAUCCGUGUAUAAACUGAGCAGCAAGUGAUUUCCAGGGGCCGGUGGUCGGUCAAACAUGGCCAAGUCGAAUGACCUGAAAAUGUUCUUGGAGUCAUCGCUGAACGAGAUUUUUAAAGCGACCGUCAACGACAUACUGGAUUCCGUGGACCGGACCUUGUCUGAGUACCAGGGCAAAAUACAGAGGAUUGAGUCUGAAAACGAGGACCUGAGGCGAAUGCUGUUCGCACAAAAGGGCACGGAGUCUGCGGUGAGAGACACAAUUGAGCAAGAUGACGACCAAAAGGCAACCUCAGAGUGGAAUAUCCCUCCCAUCACGUCUGCUCAGGGCACCUUCAAAAUGUCCAUACGCAGCAGUGACAAGAAAAGCUCCAGGAGGAAGCAGAAAGACCAAAUGAGGGGAAGCAGAGGACCCGCUUCAUUUUUACUACAAGCCAGCCAAAUAGUGGAAGAACCCUCAGAGGCGUGUGUGUCCAGUCAAACGUUGUUGUCCAUAAAAACAGAGCCUGACCUGGAUGACAGCUGUGCUAUUGACCUCUCCAAGCCUUCACCCCUCCUCAACCUAACAGUGAAGCCAGUUAAAUCUGAGAGCACAGAGGUCAGCUACGACAGUCACGAUGCAUAUGCAGCUCUGAAGGCAUCUCCAGGCGCUGAACAGGACUCGAGAGGCGAUGAUGGUGAAGUUAGAGUCACCAUUGUUUCCGACAGCUACGUGGAGGCCAGCGAGGAUGAGGACAGGGCAUUCAUCAAGCCAGAGGAAGACGAGACUAAUGGGAGGUUGCAGUAUGGUGAUGAUGAUGAUGAUGGUGAUGGUUUCUGUAAGCCAGGCUUCUCAUCUGAGGAGCAUUUGCUGAACUACUACCCUGAGUCAGAACUGGAUUCGGCUGGAAUAAGCGGAGAGGCUUUUAUGCCAGAAGAGGAGAAGCAUGCGGGAAAUAAAUUGGCUGCUGACCCAGCAGAUUUUUUGGAUACUCGUGACAACUUUUUGCGCUGUCCCAUGUGUCCUAAAACAUUUAGUCGAGCAACCUCCCUCAAUAUCCACAUCAAGACCCACAGUGGUGAGAAGGCACACAGCUGCAGCUACUGUGGCAAGCGCUUUGGACGGGCCGAUCUCCUCAAGUCCCACAAGCGCACCCAUACUGGGGAAAGGCCCUAUAGCUGCAAUAUCUGCAGCAAGACUUACGCCCAUCCCAGUCAGCUCAGGAUACACAAGCGUGUCCACACUGGAGAAAGGCCCUACUCCUGUCCUUACUGUGGGAAGCGCUUCAAUGAGCACAACCAACUCAAAGUCCACCUGCGAACUCACACUGGAGAGAGGCCUUACAGCUGCAAUGAGUGCGGCAAAACUUUCAGCAACGCAGGCAACCUGCGCAUACACGAGAGGAUCCACACUGGCGAGAAGCCUUAUUGUUGCGCUCAGUGUGGGAAAAGGUUCAAUGGUUUGGGCGACCUCAAAACACACUAUAGGAUUCACACUGGGGAGAGGCCCUACAGCUGUGAGCUGUGUAAGAAGACCUUCAGUCAGGCAGGCCAUCUUACCAUACACAUGCGGAUGCACACAGGAGAAAGGCCGUACAGCUGCAAUGAGUGCGGGAAGAAAUUCACAGUGGCCAGCAGCCUUAAACUGCACCUGAGGACUCACACGGGCGAGAAGGAGUACAGCUGCUCUUACUGCAGCAAGAGCUUCAGCCGGUCGGGUCACCUAAAGAGACAUGAGCUAGUCCACACCAAAGAAAAGGUCUUCCUUUGCAGCCUGUGUGGCAAAACCUACACUGACCAGUCCUCCCUGAAGAAGCACUUAAAGAUGCACGCUGCCAAGGAGCAGAAGGCUCAGAGCGAGGGAAACUCCAGUGGGCCUGAAACAAAGGCCCAUGCAGCCCAACCUCCUGUCUCUGAACCGCAUUCAGCUACUGAUAAACUUGAGAACCAAAUUCUGGAGAAGAGUAAUCUAAAGUCUGAGGAUGAAUAGUGCCGGUACUGAUAAACAUGAGAACCAAAUCCCGGAGAGGAGUAAUCUAAAGUCUGAGGAUGAAUAGUGCUGUAUAUGAUGUUUGUGGUACAGUGCAAUAACACUGUUGUCUAAUCUUUGCUGUGAGUCAGUAGGUCUACAAUAUUUAGCAAUACUGUAUGAUGGAUGAUUUUCAUUUGACAAAUGGCAGAUAUUCACUCUUGUAGUCUGCAAUCAAAGUCCAUUCCCUUCCAUUCCAUUCUCAACAAUAAUGUGAACUUUCCAUGUUUAAGACGGGGCCCUACCGUAUGAUGUAACUGUAAAAUCAGAGUUGCACAUAUUACCAAAGUGUUGUAUGUCCUGGAAAUUCUCUACGGGGAAAAAAAUUGAAUGCAUUUUUAGUUAUACAUUUUGGCAGGGUGGCAAACAAUUAGAAAGAUUGUUGUGCAGCUUUAAGAUAAGGGUUUAAGCUCCUGUCUACAAGCAUCCAACCUGCUGAAGUGUGGUGGAGCAAGACACUGAAUCCCUAUGAGCUCCAGAGGUGCUGUAAUGUCGCUGGUCUCUGACCGGUGAGGGGGGCAAGAGAGAGGAAUUUCCCCACGGGGAUCAGUCAAGUAUCACAUUUUAAUUUGUGAAAUGAAGGUGCUCCUGUAUACUUUGAUACACUGAUACACUUGGUAGCCACUGGUUUUAAAAAACAAAAAAUGUGCGCUACAUCAUUGAUUAUAGAUGCAAAUCAUUAUUAUUUUUGCUGUACAUAGCUUUAACUAUACAGUCAGCGGUCUGGUCUAUUGAACUGACAAGAAUGUAUUUGUAUAGUCAUGCUAGGGUGUGGAACGGAAAUGAUUGAUACAGAUUGAACUGUUUUCAACAAUAAAUCAAUAAUUGUUUUGCAAGCCAUACUGAUCCUAAAGAAUGUUGAGAUUCUAGAGCAUUUGUUUUAGACAGUGCAUUGUACUACCAGGAAAAGAGUCUUUUACCAUGAUUUAUGUAAAGCUGGGCGCUCGUAGGACUAUGAUUCCAUAUCUAUGAUGAUAGGGCUACUGUUCGUUGUGGCAACUGAUUAAUAUACCAACGUAGCAAUGUAUUUUAAACUGAAUAUUUGCCACUAGAAACUGAUCGUGAAGUUUUACUUUUAUGUGCUUCAUGUGAAUUAAAAACAUU